UCCAUUUGUAAAGGUUGUAUUCAAAAAUCUCCAGGAACCAAGCGGCAAAAGUAGUUUGAAAUUUGGUAUCAAAGAUUACAAAUACUACGGUGUCGAUAAGUUCAGCGACGACUUUAGUGAGUGCAAAACCGGUGCGCUGUUUGAAAAGCAGUGGAAGUCAUCCACGUCUCCACCAACACCUGAAAUGCUAAAAGUGCAAUCUCCAGGGCUUAUAACAAGCGCACCUUCCACGUCUUCACUGACUUCACACGGUGAAACGGCUAAAACUAGUAAGCGAGGAAAAUUAAGUAAGCGCAAACUAAACUACAACAACGAGACCAAAAUGGAAGAAUUGGUCAGUCCACAGAAGAAAAAGAUUCGUCCACGUACAGAGGACAGUGAGCUCGAUUCUCAUCGAUUGGGUAAAUGCCCAUUUCUAAUUUGAAUUUCAAAAAUAAUAUACGAGUUGAAUUAGCGUCUGCAUAGUUCAUAACUCGAUCAUAUGUAUGUAUUGCUAUUUUUUAAAGGCAUGUUCAACUUGAGAUGGUCAACGUUUAAGGAACCUCCUGAAAAGUGGCUAGAUCGACCAAUUGACGAUGAUCACGUAGAAGAUUUAGUCGCCGUUCUCCGGGAUAAUCCAUGCGCUAUGGUUAACAACCAACUUUGGCUUGGCAUUUGCCAGAUACCAAGGGACGGGAUAAAGGAAGCUGCCGAUGUCAAAGGGUGCGAAAUCACGAUCAUUGGUGGGCUGCAUAGGAAAAAAGCAUAUAAAAAAGUAAGAGUAAAUCAAUUAUGAUUUUGUGGCACUUCACUCGAUGUAGGAUAAAUUCUAGAGGGUUAAUGGGUCUUAAUUUCGAGUGGAAAUCAUAGACAUGUCAAAUUCAAGCCAGGAACCGUUGAGAAAAAUUCAUCAACUAUUGGUACUCAGGCAGGAAUUGAACCUAUCCCUAAGGCGUAGGUUCAAUUCCUGCCGGAGGAACAAUAGUUGAUGAAUUUUUCUCAACUGUUCCUGGCUUGAAUUUGACAUGUGUAUGAUUUCCACUCGAAAUUAAGACCCAUUAACCCUCUAGAAUUUAUAAGUAAAAAAAAAGUUCAAUUUGUAUUUGCAAAUUCAAAAUUUGUCAAUUUGAUUAUUUGAUAACGAUUCAGCAUAUAGCCUCUUGUUGUUGACAAACUUUGAACAACCUAUUUCAAUCGGAAAGGGGCCGGAAUUCCAAAUUAGCAAAAGGCAUAAAUUUUGAUAUUAAAGUUUCGUAUAAAUUCUUCAACAGGCGUCCUUAUUCAGCAAAGAACACGAAAACAAACUGGCCAAAGUUGGAAUUCAACUGUACGACCAUAAAUUGACAGACGGGCAAAUAAAACGAUUGGCGGCUUUGCACAACAUGACCAACAUUGGAAGCAAAAGGACGACUUGGGUAGAAAGGGUACAUGCCUGCCGUCGAUGGCGAUUCCAAAUGGAAGGAAAGGACAUGGAUGUUGACGAAGUUCCCCAAUCUUCACUUCAAUGGCGUACGGAUUGCCAAGAGAUGUUCGUGGAACCGAUGAAGGUGCGCGGUUGCCAGAAGUCAUAUUUUUAAUAUGUAUUUCUGUAUUUUGAUUUAUAAUAAUCUCUAUGACUGCGUACCUAUUUAAUUUUAUACAAACUUUGAUUUUACGAAUAGCUACAUUUAUGAGCCAGAAUACAGUAAUUCCGGUGUAUUUCUUAAUAAUACAAGGUUACCAAACCUGACUGACUGACUGGCUGGCUGGCUGAACGAAUGAAUGAAUGAAUGAACGAAUGAAUGAAUGAAUGAGUGAAUGUAUCAUAACGCAAUUCGUUUUGUUUUGUUACAGAAUGUGAAUGUCUUGGAAAGCACAUUGCAAACAGCUUUGUUGCCUCGCACUGUGUUUAACCUCUGGCAAGAAGCGGCCAAGAUGUUCGACGAAGGAAAGUUGGCCGGUCAAAACAUACAGAAACGAUCAAGCGCAAAAAAGCCGGAGCUCACACAAAAUCAAGUAUGUGCUUUAAUAGGUCAAUCUACACAACUCGCUUUACGUGCAGAAUUUGGUUUAAAUCAAAAUGUCAGCUACGUUGAAUAAUUUACGAAGUACGCGACAUUGUGCUAAGUGAGUCCUAUAAUAAUUCAGUAAACACCAGUUAACUUAUUUAUUUAACUAUAAAAGACCUGGGGCCGGUAGUAUGAAACACUUUUUAAUCACUAUUUUGUAGUUAAAUAGUGAUUAACUCUCAAAUACGCGCUUCUUAUUGGAUGAAGUUUCCACUUAACUAUAGUUACACUCGAUUUCAAUUUGCUUUUGAAAACUGACUUCCAAUGUUUACUUGUAAAUUCGGAAGUUCGUUGCAAAGUUCUGACGUUUGUUAUGAAGUUCGUUUCGAAGAUUCAAUAGCAGGACGAUUUGAUUUGGCUCAUUUAACCACGAAGGCUGCCAUUGCAUGUCACGUGCAGAAAAUACACAACUUCAACAUAGUUUGGGUUUUGGUACAAAAUAUUCGUAUUUGAGCAUAAACGUAGAACAAAACUAUAGACUUUAUUAGAAAACCAGUUUAAUGAGUUUCUUAUGUAAAUUUUAAAGCUGUUCUUUUGAAUGCUGUCGAGCGAUGCUGACACUACUAAGGCAUAAUUUUUUGCUUAAUACAGCUGAUUCAGUUAAGGUUGUUCUUCCAAAGCAGACCUUUAGCAGAUCACGUGACCAGCGUCCACCAGGGUCUUUCCUCCACAAGAGGGAAGAGCCCGGGAACGAGGUUGCUAAGUCACUUGCCUUUAUUCAUCAUUUAUUCAAAUUAUUUGGCUUCGAUCGCCCAAUUAUAGGGCUUUGUUUAUGGAGUUAUCGUUCCACGUGUAUGUGACUUAGUGUACCUGAGUUUCAUUUUCAUUUAAGUAAUUAAGUCUAAUAUCUUGAUUUUUUUUUCUCUUAAAAUACAGCUUGGAAUGCCAUUGCAGGGUCUUGAUGACAACACAAAACAAGUUGUCUUACAGCGGUUAACAACAGGAGAGUGCUCUCUAAAAGAACUACAUGCUACGUGUUCGUCAAUCAAAAAAAAGAAAAAAAUACAAAUAGCAUUUUGCCAACACGUUGGUGAAACCUCAUGGGAGGCAGUCGUUGCCAGAUUUCCCAAUCACACAUCGGAAAUGAAACUAGCAUCGUUUACCGAUGUAAGGUUUUCAAGAGGACCUUUGCCGGAAGUAAGUUUGUCACGUUACCCCUUGGCUCAUGAGUAUGUAGUAUUGUAGUUAGUUAUAUACCAAGUGUAAAGUUUUAAUUUCCUCAUUAAUUUUUUAACUUUCAGUUUCAUUUGCCAAAUGAUAAAAUUACACAAAUUACAUGUAUACGAUACAAUGCCAUGCAAUACAAAACAUUACAAUAUAAUACGAGACAGUGCAGUACUGUCAGUAUAGAAAAUGGUACAGUACAAUGCAAUGCAAUAAUAUCCAAUAAUAUUGUUAUCCUGAACGGAUGUUUGGAACGUCACAACAGUUGAAACCAAAUACUAAAAAUGAACCUUCUCGGCGGAGAAUCGAAUCCUGGUCUCCCGCGUGACAGCGGGGAACUCACCACUAUACUAUCUCGCGAAACAAUAACAACAUGAACAACAAUCGCGCAAAUUACGUUAGUUGAAUAUUUUAUCUUUCUCCAAGGUGUUGGUGAAGUUCUUUAAUAGAGCCAUUAUGUGGGAAAAGGAGCAACAACAUCCUUGUGUGGCAAUUAGCGGAGAAAGGGAAGACAUCCAACUAAUUGAAGGAAAAGCGGGUGAAAUAGGAAUCCUUUCUGCACAAGCAAUUAGAAACCUUUCUGAAGCAAUGCUAAAAACAUUGAUUACUAAUUUCAAAGGAUUUGAAUUGUCGAUUUUGGAGUUAAGAAAGGUAUUAAUUUCCUAGUUUUAUUUAAGAUAACCUGUUCUUAGUAAACGAUUUAUUAUAAAAAACAUUCAACAUAGGGCCCUAUGAAAAAAACAGAGUCAGUUAUGUAUGCAUGUCCGCAGUAUUAAGAAAUAACGACUCAACAAUUUGUAUUUGGCAUCGUAGUUUCGUACCACUGAUGACUGACGCGGCUCUUAUCAGAUAAAUAGGCCUAUAGCUACUAACUAUAUAAAAAACGUUAAUGAUGUAGCUUUAACAUGUACAAUGUACAAUGUACAGCACUUUAAACUGAUAUUUUAACUUAUUUAUAUUAGGCGCAUAUUGUUAUUGACAGAAAGCAUAAGUAUUUUAUAAAUUUCCUUGACGCGUAAACGGCCCUUAAUUUGUCAACUGGAAAAUUCCAGCCGUAUUUGAAACCACUGAAAUGAUCACUGUACGAAAAUAGUAAAUCCAAGCAUGCAUGAAGUCAACACACAAACCUAUACCUGCCGAAAAGGAAAGAAAAUGUCCUUUCCGAUAUAAGUAUUAAUGUAUUUGUCAUUUGUAAGCAAAUAGUAUUAUAUUGCAUUACUAUGACAAGCUCUUAUUAAAAGUUUUUAAGUAUAUCAUACUAAUAUUUUGAUUGGCUUAUUUAUCUAAUGAGUAUAUUUAUUUAGUAAUAAAGAUGCCAAAUACAAAUUGUCGUGUCACUAAUUCUAAAUUAUGCUUGGAAAAUCGAGUGUCUCAAGCACAAACAUGUCUUGCGUUGAAAAUACCACAGUGUGGCACAGUAUAGGUAUACGUAUUUAGCGGAUAACUUUGACGUAAUUUUAACUUUAAAGUAAAAUUUAUAUAAUUGUGGAUAAAGUUAAACUUUACCCUCGUCGCUUGUCGAUCGUGUAGAUGUGAAACUAUUUGCAAAUUGUACAAUCUUGUAGAAAUGUGACAUUGAUGAAUUAGAAACGGCCUUCAUGAAGAUUCACUCAUUAAAUGUGGAAACAAUGGCAUACUACAAUCUAGCUUUGGUAAUGAAUGGCGACCUUUCCUCAGAAGACUUAGA